AUGGCGUCCGUUAUCAGGAUGAGCUUCACUAGUCUCGUGGCAGUUGUCUCCCUUGUACAAUUCUGUGUAUCACUUCCACAAUCGGUCAGUUUCAAGAAUUCUGCUGUUUUAUCCGAUAUGAUAUCCCACUCCAUAAAAACUGCAGUGAAAGAGCUGGAGAUAAAGAAACACUUCGAGGAACAGCAUUUCCAUUCCGGAAAUGACCGGAGGUUAUCUGAAGGUCAUUUGUGGCACCACGCACGAUUCAUGUUUUCUGCAGAUAGAGGAAAAUUAUCGCAACUGAAUGACAAGGCCUACAUCAGUCUCCGAGCGACCAAGGAGCUACUCCGCAUAUCAAAAAUACCACUGGAAGUACUCCAGUCUGACCCGGAAGUAGUUACAAAAUGGCGGAAAUGUAUUGAGCCAUAUUGUAGCUGCCCACUGCCACGAUGUAAUCCCAAGGACUGCUAUCGGUCGGCGGAUGGGUCGUGUAACAACCUGGAUUAUCCCACAUGGGGAGCCUCGAUGAAACAACAGCUGCGGUACCUACCAGCAGCAUAUGACGAUGGAAUAAACAUGCCUCGAAUAUUCAGUGUGACUGGCAAACAUCUUCCCAGCGCUCGAGUGGUCAGCAAUGUGCUACACAGCACUGGCACCUGUCACUUUGACGAGAAAGGUCACUCCGUUAUGAUGAUGUCUUGGGGUCAGCUUAUCGACCAUGACUUUCAAGGGACCCCUAUGACUAAAGGUUUUAACAAUUCCGACAUUAUGUGUUGUUCCCUUGGAGAAGCUGCUGCAGACCAACGGGGUUCAUGUUUUCCGAUUAAGGUACCAAUGCCUGAUCCUCGAUUCAAAUCAAAAUGCAUGAACUUUGUAAGAUCUACAAUUGCACCGACGCAUUUCUGUGACAUGGGCGUGCGUAACCCCGUUAACCAACACUCAUCAUACAUUGACGGCUCCUUACUGUAUGGGUCCACACAGGAAGUCCAAAACAGACUGAGAGCCGGCCAUGGAGGCUUUCUUAAGAUGAGUGGCAAAGGUCUAUUGCCUCCAGCGGAUGGUUCGAAGUGUAUGAUUUCCAACCCAGGAGAAUACUGUUUUGACGCGGGUGAUGAUAGAAACUCGGUGGUUCCCACUCUUGGUAUGCUUCACACACUCUUUGUUCGAGAACAUAACCGUAUCUGUAAAAAACUUCAAUUCUAUAACCCUUAUUGGACAGACGAGAAGAUAUUCCAAGAAGCUAGAAAAAUCGUAUCCGCUAUUCUACAGCACAUUAACUACAAUGAAUAUUUACCUCAUAUUCUGGGUGAUGCACAUAUGAAGUCACACGGCCUGUACUCUGCACCGAAAGGUCAUCACACAGUGUAUAACCCGAAGAUCAAUCCCACAGCAUCAAACGUUUUCGGAGUUGCUGCUUUUCGGUUCGGACAUUCUCAGAUUCCGAAUCUUCAGGGUAUGAAAGAUCCACAUAGUCACGUGACAAAGACAGUUCCGGUUGAGUUCACCUUUAACAGACCCGCUAUGAUCUUUGAUGACCAUGGACUCGGAUUCGGAAGGGUUGCCUAUUGGCAACUUAACAACAAGCAGGCAAAUCAAGAUAGGUUUUUACAAGACGGAGUAAGAAAUAACCUAUUUUUGGAUAAAAGAGGAAAUAGUUUUGAUUUAGCGGCUCUUAAUAUUCAGAGAGGACGGGAUCAUGGUAUAGCCCCUUAUAACGCAUGGAGGAAAUGGUGCGGACUUAAACCCGCUUUUCACUUUGGUGUUGGACCAGGUGGACUUAUCAACCAUGAUCCAGAAUCAGCAUUGCUCCUGUCUAAAGUUUACAGGCACCCCGAUGAUAUUGACUUGUUUACUGGUGGCCUUUCAGAAAUUAAAGUUAAAGGGUCGCAAACAGGACCAACGUUCGCAUGCAUCAUUUCUAAACAGUUUCAGGCGUUUAAAAUCGGUGAUAGAUUCUGGUACGAAAAUGAUUUCCCUGCCAUCGGAUUCAAUAAAGGUCAGCUUAAUGAAAUAAAAGGUGUGACUUUGUCGAAACUUUUAUGUACAAACAUAGGCUUGCGACAAAUCCAACCAAACGCUUUCCUUGUACCUUCCUUUAAGAACCCUCUUGUCGGAUGUGAGUACCUACCACACAUUGACCUGAGUUAUUGGAUCGAGAGUGGCAAAAAGCAAUAUGAUUCCUACCCAGGAAUGGCUGUGAAUCGUCGCAUCGCACCAUACAACAUGGUGCCUUUCUGGACUUUCUCAUACCUACCGAAGAAUAAGGCGUUUCCAGCAAUGUACGACAACAUGAAAUUUAAUUUUAAUGGUGAUGUUUAUUAG